UUUGGCAACUCCAGUUACCCUCAGCAUGUUUUUGGACCGGGAGGGACCAGAGUACCUGGAGGAAACCUCACAAUGACACUGGGAGAACAUGCAGACUCUACACUCAUGGAACCCCUGCGGAGGCAUGAACCCAGACGCAGAGCCAAAAAGACACAGACGUGACCAUGUUCAUGCUGAUGCCCCUCUCUGGUAAGUCUUUUCUGAAUGUGGCUGUGAUAUCACAUUUUAUUCCAGGCAAUCUGCUUAAAAUGAUGUGUCCCAGCUAUGGGGUCAGUCACAGGGUUAAAGCCUAAUUCAGUUUAGCGAUAUAAAUUAUAUCUCUAAUUAGCCACUGGCAUUCAGUGACAGCCUCACAUCUUUCUGGCUUUGCCAGAUUGGAGUUUCUUGACUCCUUAUGUGGAGUCAAGGUUGGUUGGUUGGUUACAAGCACACGUGGGCUCAGGGUCCAUGUGUUCAGAUGGUAGCAUGUGUUUAAGACAGCUCCUCCUGCAACCCCAGUGGCAAAAAAAAAAUUCUUUAGCUGUUAAUAGAUCAGUUCUACUAAGAAUCCAUGCUAGCUAAAGAUAUUGACUUUUACCUGAUAUAUUUCUUGGGUUAAUCUGCUAGUGUUAUAACAAGCACAUGAGUCUGUUGCAGGCUUCUUAUCUAAAAUCAUGGUUUCUGUUGCCUAUUUUCUGAAUUUAGAUAUUGAAAUGUAUAAAGAAUAUGAAAUAGUUUAGUAAAAUUAUUCUUUAAUUCCCUUCUCUGACUGUCUUGUUUUUGCUCCAGACAUGUUAACAAGUAACUUAAUAUGCAGAAUUCAGUGCCCAAAUAUUUCAUUAAUCAUUCCUAAAAUAGAAACCAUCCAUAAUGCUUUUGAUGCUGAUGGCUUAAGGCUGUUUUUAUGCCACCCAACUGCCACAACGUUUUAACUAUUAACUUUAAAUGAAUGUUAUUAAUAUGCAAAUGAAUGCAGUUUUCUGUCCACACAAAGUGCAAUAGCCAAACUCACCCCUCGAUGACUGAUUUGCUGAUGACUACUAGAGGACUUUGCUUUAUUUCAUUAUUGAAAUAGCCCCGAGGCUGAAGAUCCAUGAUCUGUUCAGUGUGCCAGGCCUUGGAUGCUUUGACAGUACUGUAAGGCAUUCAUGAAUGUUUGUCAUUGCAGGCUUUUGUUUUUCCAGUAAACCGAUUUUGUUGGCCUUCCUGCCACCAAACUUUAUUGGAAAUAUGUUUUGAAAUAGUUGGUUGAGGUCUCAGGAAAUGCCUUGAAUUCUUUUUUUUUGCAUCAAAAUAUAUCCUGUUGCUUUACAGACUUGUGAAAAUAAAAUGUUUGUUUUCUGUACAUUUUUUUGUACAUUUAUUUACAAAAAAAAUAUGCUUGGAAACAUUAAAUCUAUCUUUGAGAUGAAGAAAAAAAUAUUGUUGUCCUUUAACAAAUUAUUCUGCAUAACAGCUCUAUAAACAUACAGGUUCAGCUCCCUUUUUUAUGAAACUGUAUUGGUGGUGCAAGAACUUUGCAAGAUAUAUGCAGACUUGCUAUGUAAAGCCAAGGAUUGUACUGUUGGCUUGUGUCUCAUUUGAUGUUUUCUUUCAGAUGAAGAGUCUCUUGAACUCGACUGGCUAUGGAAUCGCGUGAAGUUCAGGGUGCAAUAAUCUCUUCCAGCGCGCUAAGGAAGUCUCCCUGAUCGAGCAGGCCGGCCGAGUCCAGCUGAAGGAGUUUGUCCGGAAGAAUGCUGCCAAUACCCUGUCUGUGACCAACUUGGUCAUGGGAAUGAGCUCCAUCCUCUGUAGCCUCAACGGCCACCAAUAUGCUGCAUGCUGGCUGGUUCUGAUUGGUUAUCUGCUGGACUUGGCCGACGGAGCAGUUGCUAGGCGACUGGAUGCCUGCUCAGCACUAGGUGCCAAGCUGGAUGACUUUGCCGAUUUUACCACGUUCGGCAUCGCCACGGCCUUGCUGCUGAGGACGCACGACUUGAUGGACAACAUCCUCUGCAUGUGUUAUGUACUGUCGGUGUUCGUUCGCCUCUGCUUCUUCUCCAGCGGGAUUCCGUUCAUGUACCGUGGCCUCCCCUGCAUCUACUCUUCUGCUAUCCUGUCCUGCACCUGCCUGCUGUGGGGGGGCAACGUGAUGGUGCUGCGGGUCACUGCCGUGGCCAUGAUCGUCUUUAUGGUCAGCCAGACCUUCUACCCCCAUGACAGGAUCCUGGAGUCCCAGGCCUGGAAGAAGGUGGUCUAUGCUGGAGGAGUGGCAAUGGUGUUCUGUUCCUCUUUCCCUUCCGCAAGUGUUUACUACCUGCUGUGGUCAGUGUCUUAUAUUCUGUUUCCGACGACACUGUGGAGCUGUAAGGUGUGACAAAAGGUGAGGCCUGGACCCAAAUGCUGAGCUAUCAGGCCAGGAGAAUGUCGGCCUGAGUUACUACAGACCUUGUACCUGCUGUUGCCGAUUUCCGUUACAACUACAAACAGACAUAAAACAAACUUAAAGCCCACUGGUUGUAUUGAAGUGACACAAUAUACCUUCUGAAAAUGAUGUUUUUCUUGAUUUUUACUGGAUGGGUAGAUAUAGUUCUUCUAAUGUUCUUUUUUUGUUUUGCUUUGUUAAAUGAAAAUGUAAUCGUUUAGCCCAAAAACGAAGGAAAUCUCCAGCUUUGUAUCUUAUGAUUGUUAAAUAAUGUGUCUCCUUAAUGAAUCUCUUUUUUUCUACAUGCAGUAGCAAUAUUGUUCUGAGAACCAAGCAGAUCUUUUUUUUCCAUUUUUUUCCCCAAUAUGAUAAGAUCUUAAAUGCAGGACAUAAAGCAUGUAAACGUCCAGUCAGAUUUUAGUGCUUGGCAUGAUCAGUAUGGAAUACCCCCCCCCCCCCAAAGUAACAAAUCAGGUUGGUCCUUUUGCAGGUUGGUUCUUUUUGGCUAAACAUAGACUUAACAAAUUCUAUGAAAGUAUUAGAUUGUUCUAGGGCACAUGAGAUGCUGCUGAAUACUUUCUUUUUAUUGCCGGAAAUAUUGCGCACCUUACUAAUGUUACAAAAUGUGUAUUAUACUUUUGUUGAUUUGGGAUUUGUGUACAUUUAAAAAGAUGCUCCAGUAACUAAAAGACGAUGGACUUUUAUAAUAUAUUUUAUCUUCACUGAUUAACCCUCUGGGAUCUAGGGGUAGGGAACAUGCUUUCACUGACUGGGGCAUGGUCACACAUUUCAUUCAGUAUCAUAAACUUAAUUCAUGGCAAAUAAAUUAUUUCGUAUGUAUUUGUUUUGGCAUUAAACUCAUCUUAAUCUUAGUGUACUUUGUAUAUAUGUUAGAUUUAUGUGAAGUCUGUAAUUUGAAAUCAAAAAGUAUAGACAUUCCAAAAUGUAGUUUGGAACACUUGCAGAAACAUUAUAAAAGUACAUAGUAAGCAAUGGUGGCAGUUUGUUUUGAUCCCAGAUGUCUGAUCACCAAAGUCUUGGCUACAUGAAGGUGACUAAAUGGUGUAGUUGCAACGUUCAGUUGGAUAAAUAAAUAAGAAAAACCAAACUCA